GUUGCCUCACGAAAUGCUCGUCACAAAUGUUGAUCAUUUUUUUCAUCUUAUCAUUUCUUAGGAUGGUCGUCGAAGAAAACGUGUCUGCUGAGAGGAGAAUAAAUUUGCAUGAAGUUGCGGACCAAAAUACAUGUGCUAAAUUCGGCCCUGACGAACUCUUGGAUGCUCCAGAAGAGAGAUUAGAAAAACUUUUCAAACGUUUCUUGUCACUCUCACCAGAAGAUGGAUUCAACAAUAUUCCUAAUGGGACAAAAGCAGAGUAUGGUCACCUAAUUGAAGUGAGGAACCCGCUGUGGAGUGAUAAGCCAUUUGAAAUUAUAACAGGACCAUUCAAGAAUGUAGACAGCAGAAUAUUACUUGACCAAAUCCAUUUGAGCAAGCCAGAGAGAAAAAUUCAUCUAAGGUAUGACUCAGGCAAAGAAGGUCGCCUGCUGACAUUAACAAAACUUUUCAAGAUUUCAGAAGAAGUGGGUUACCGUGGAAAAAAAUCUGGGCACAAACUAGAGCAAAGAGCAAAGCAUUAUAGAAAGAAGAAAUCAAAAGCACCAUCAGUUAAUGAAAAACGGCAUACAGUAGUUGAUGAUGACAUCGCAGACUUAAUUUCAAAGUUCGGAGAUGCUGCCGUGGGCGAAGAGACAGGAGGGUCUAUUAAUACCACCAAGACUGUUAAUAUUAUGGUUGACAAAUGGAAUGAACAAGAAACUGAGGCAAAGGUGAUGGUGUACGAAUCUGACAGUGACAGUAGCCUAUCACCAACUGUGGAAAACUCAAAGCAAGCAGAAGACAUAAAGAAAGUAAACACCGAAAGUAGACGACAGAGUUGUUGGGAAAGAUUUAGGGCUGUUUGCUGUUGUUGCUGUAGUAGAAUCACACCAGAGAACGUGCAUGGUCCUAUCUCCACGGACACCCCUAGGUUUGUGACCAAUCGCCGGCUGGGAGAUGGGAAAGGAUCACAAAGACUUUGGCAACCACAUAGACGAAAAUGUAUUCAUGUAAAAAAGUCACCUACUUUGCCAGCCCAUAGAUCAGGGAAAGACCUGUUGAGACCAAAGUGAUUGCAGCCUCCUCCACCCAUCAGUGAUGAGGAAGUUAUCGUAAAUUGUUCACUGUACAGUAAGCUGUACGUAAUCACUGAAAAGACAACAUACAAGUUGACUCUAAACAGCUCAUCAGAAUGUCACUGCUGUUGUUUUCCAGACAGAAUUCAAGUUUGAGAGUACACACUUAAUAUCUUAAUCCAUAAAGCGUUCACAACAGAAUUCACUCGGGAAUUCACAAGAACUUAGGAUGAUAAUCCAUUAGUUUAUGUCAGCUUUCUGGUAAUUUUAGCAAAUUAUGUAUACCCAAAUGUACAGAUCUUCCUAGCCUACUGGGACAUUAAGUAUGCAUGUAAAGGUAUUCAGGGUAUUUUGGUGAACUAGACUUGUAUAAGCUUGGGCUGUUCAGGUCAGUUGUUUGUUUCCAUGGCAACGGACUAGAAAUGACAAAUUCAGAUGAUGUGAACACACUAUGAGUCAAAGGUUCACAAAGGUUUUCAAAAUUUGGUUUACAGGUUCAUUUUGUGGUUGCAUAUACAUACAUGUACGAACACUGUAUUUCAUCACUCGAUUCAGUCACUAAAACCAGUUAAGAGUAUAGGGUCACCCAACUCUGCCAAAGUUCAACAUAUAUUCAUUUAUAUAUUAUUAU